UUAUUACAUUAUAAAACUAUAAUAACACUCAAUUACCUCCCUCUAUUAAUAUUAAAACCUGCUGUCUCUGCUGAUCAUGCUGAGCUUGACUUGUUGAAUGUUGAAGCUUAUUGUUUGCAGAAAAAAAUGGGAGAUUCGAAGCCUACUACUACAAUAAUAUCUAAUGACACUACCGGAGAAACUAAUAAAGAGGAUCAGAAAAUUGAGGAUGGGAAGAUGGAAUUCUCUGAAGAUGAAGAGUUGCUUAUUGCCAGGAUGUUUAAACUAGUUGGAGAAAGGUGGUCGUUGAUUGCGGGAAGGAUUCCGGGAAGAACAGCAGAAGAGAUUGAGAAGUAUUGGACUGAAAGAUAUAAAUCAUGAAGAAGAUGAUUUGAUCAUAUCGAUUACGGGAGGUGGAAAGGAGCCAUGCAUGAAGUGAAGAUACAUAGUUGAUCAGUUUAAUUGUUUGAUAAAUUUAAUAAUCUAAAGUUUGGUUAUGGAGCUUUGUGAUUAACUUAUAUUAUUGUUUAUUAAGAUUAUUGGUAAUCAAUU